CUGCGCUUUAAAUAGCAGGUGUGAAAAACUGUGUCCCUACAUACACCACCACCAUCAUCAUCAUCAUCGCCAUCACCGCCGCAAUGUCCACCGCCAGCGCAGAGACCACCGCGCAGCUUCCGCCGGCCGCGGGCAGGGUGUUCUUUCAGCCCGGCGUGGGCUGCGCCGGCGCCGGACCGAUGCAGCGCGAUGACCCGGUGCAGAAAAAACAGGGCAAAGUGACGGUGAAGUACGACAGAAAAGAGCUGCGGAAGAGACUCAUACUGGAGGAGUGGAUCAUUGAACAGCUGAGCGAACUUUACAACUGCGAGGAAGAGGAAAUGCCAGAGGUGGAGAUAGACAUUGAUGAUCUCCUGGAGGUGAACAGUGAAGACGAGAGAGCCAUAAAACUACAGGAAUCACUGUCAGACUGCUACAAGCCCACUGAUGACUUUGUGCGCGAGCUCCUCGGCAGGAUAAGAGGAAUGAGAAAACUCAGUGCUCCGCAGAAGAAAAGCUUUUAAGUGCUCGACAAAUGCCAACGACAAUCCAGCUACCUGAACUACAGGUCCCACAAUCCAUCACUCAGCACAGAGUCGACCUCAUACAGCCCUAAAGGACUCCCCGGGAUUCAUGUCAAUAUACUAGAGUUCAUUUUCCAAGGACCCUGACUUUGUUCAGUACACCUAAAUUGAGUCAUCCAUUUCCCAUAGAUCACACAAUAAAUCCAAGAGUGCAAAGUUCAUCCAGGACCCAGUCAAACAAUCUCAGCAGCAGCCGCGUGGGACAGUCUGAUGCUCCUGUCCUCAACCUCUCAAUGGGUCACAUUAUUACACUGUUUGGUGCAGCAUUACAGCUAUUUUUAUGACUACAAAGCUAUUUUAUAUAGCCUAUUGAAUGUUUUUCCCCUAAAUAACUGUCUUUGGUCUUUUUCAAAUCAUCUGAUCCUGGAUCAGCAGUGAUAAUCACCAAUAUCUGUCUAGUUAAAUUUCAUAAAUUUGCACAACAGUCAUUCUUCCCUAGAAUCCGUACUUCAGCAAAGCAUUUUUGAAUAUUUAGGUUCAUGAAUAAUAAUUGGCCAGAGUGCAUAUCAAUCUGUCAUAUUUUUCACGGCCAUGUUAAUCUUUCAAGAAUACUGAACUGUUCUUGAAAGGUCUGUGGCUAAAAUAACUACUUUCAUAAAGUGAAGAUGAUUGUGGUAUGAUAAAAGUUCAAAGAUUUUGGGUGGGAUGUGAUGGCAAGGUAAAGAAAUGAGACUAUAUUCGGAAAUAAAGGAAUAGUUGAUCCAAAAAGGGAAAAUUUUCUUAAAAUGUAUUCUUAAACCUCAGGCCAUCCAAGAUGUGGAUGAGUUUGAUUCUUCAUCUUGUUCAAAGAAAUCUAGCAUUCCAUCACGUGCUAACAGCUGGAUCUUCUGCAGUGAAUGGGUGCCGUCAGAAUGAGAGUCCAAACAGCUGAUAAAAACUGUUUGGACAAAUGCUUCCGGCCAAAAUAUAAGUCCAUAAUCAUGUUUGCUAUCAGCUGUUGGGAUUCUCAUUCUGAUGGCACCCAUUCACUGCAGAGGAUCUAUUUGUGAGCAAGUGAUGUAAUGCUAUAUUUCUCCAAAUCUGUUCUAAAGAAGAAGCAAACUCAUCUACACCUAAUUGGGAGUAAAAUUUCAGCAUUUCUUUUAUUUUUUGGGUGCAUUAUUCCUUUAAUUACUAGUGCAUUGCAUUGUGGAAGUAUUCUAAACCAUACACUGCAUAUUUUGGCAAAUGCAUUCAUGUAAUGUAGCAUACAUACUGUAUACUGCUGUAUUAGUAGCUGAGCGUAGUAUACUAGUAUUGUGAACAUAGCCUGAGUUUUGUCAACAAGGGCUGAAGUGGAGUGGAUCUUAUAAACAGAUAUACUGUGAUGAUGGUAAGUGUUCAUCUAAUGAUCAAGCUGGAUGAGGUAUCUAGUUUGACUCGAGACAUUACUGAAAGCACGUAAAUCAUUGAAGUCUAGGCUUUUAUCUCCUUUUUCCUCAUACAAUUUUACAUGGAGGUUGCCAAAGAAUAUAAAAUUGUUGAAUAUUAGCGUAUUAUAAAGUGCUAUUGGUGUAAAUUGGUACAUGUAUAUUAUGUUUCGAUCUAAAGAACAUUUAAUCUUCGUGUCAUUGGGUGUCAUGGGUCAGAUUUGUGUUUGGUGGUGUAAGUUGUUAAACUAGGAAUCCAGGGGAAAAACUAUGGUGCUGUUUAAACUUUUAACCCUCUACAGCGUGGAUGGACGGUGUUUUUUGCAGGCCGAGAGAAAAAGGGCAAAAAUAAACAGAUUCGCUCUCGACUCUGGAUGAAUCUUCUGUUCCGCUAUCCAUUUCUGUCGGCCUGCAUCUAAAUAUCGUUGUGGAUUUUAAGGAGUUUGCGCGUUUUCAAGUAUGUUUAGACCCUUCUCUCAGAGAAGAACUUUCAGGAUUUAGGCUGAUCUCUUUUUUAUUUUAUUUUAUUUUUGUUUCUAAAACGUUAGAGAUGUAUUUGAGUGUACGAAAGCUUUAUUUAUGCAUGUUUUAUUGGCAUGAUAGGAACGUUUUGGAUCGCUUACUUAAGCGAUGAUUUGUCUUUUUCUACAUUAUAACAAGUAUUACUCUUAUAAAUUAUUAAAUUCACAACUUUUUAUUAAUUUUUAUUGACUGUAUAACUGGGUGUUUUAAAUUGUUAGUUUUUUUAGAUAUAUGUAAAGUGUGUUCUUUUGUGCUGUUCUAUUUAAAAUAAAGGCGAAAUGUCUGAAUUGUUA